AUGGAAAUCCCAACUCCACCACCACCCACAACCAUCGUCGCCGCCGCGGCCACAGUUAAAACACCUGAUCCAGAUUCAGAGACACCGCAAUCGAACAACUUCACUAAACAACUCACACCACCGUUAACCAACGGUGUCCUCAAACGACACAAGCCCUUCCACCACCUCCAACCACCACCAGUGGUGGUCACUUACAAAGAAUGUCUCAAGAACCACGCCGCUGCCAUGGGUGGCCACGCCAUAGAUGGAUGUGGGGAGUUUAUGCCGUCUCCGACGUCCUCCCCAUCUUACCCUACCUCGCUAAAAUGCGCCGCGUGUGGCUGCCACCGGAAUUUCCACCGCCGUGAGCCAGACGAGUCGCUGUUCCCAUCACCAAAUAACCCACCCAUCCAACAUGUCAUCGAGUACCAACCCCAUCACCGCCACCACCCUCCACCUCCACAACCCAUACCACCUCCAGCUGGCGGAGCUAAUAGCAGCAGUCCGGGAAAUUCCCCAUCUCCACCACCGAUCUCAUCGUCAUACUACCCAUCAGCACCCCACAUGCUCCUCGCACUAAGUGCCGGUUUAACAGCUCCGCCGGCGGAAAACAACCACGGUAACCACAAUCCGUCGAUCCCCACCACGCCCGGCUCCGCCGUCGCCUCUGGUUCAAACCCAAAUGGGAAAAAACGAUUCAGAACAAAAUUCACUCAAGAUCAGAAGGAAAAGAUGCAUGAAAUCGCGGAAAGAGUUGGGUGGAAGAUGCAGAAACGCGAUGAAGAACUCAUUAACGGAUUCUGCAACCAAAUUGGUGUCGAUAGAAGCGUUUUCAAGGUAUGGAUGCAUAACAACAAAACCACUUUUGGGAAACCGAAGGAUUUCACUAACAACAAUGGCAAUAAUUCCUCCGGUGAGGGCAUUGAUUUCAUUAUUUCAAGAAACAACCACCACCAUGACACCGGAAACAACCACCACCUUGAUACCGGAAACAACCACCACCUUGACUCCGGAAACACCCGUCACGACAUCGACCACCACCUCCAUCUUCAUAACAAUGGUAGUUUUAGCACCGGUGGAAAUGUGAUUUGCACUAAAGGUUCAUCAUCAUCUUCUUGA